ACUUUCCCCUCCCCAGCCCUAGCUCCCAGCUAGCCAAGUUGCCAAAGGACUUCAGUUGAUAGCCCAGAAACAUUAGAUUCUGAUCUCCACUUUCCUUAAAUCGCCCGUUAGGUGGCUGCAGAAGCUAGGGGGCUGUAUGGAAGAAAGCGAGCCUUAAAGUGCCAUUCGGGGAUGCCUGUUGAGUAUUGUGGACACGGCAGCAUGAUCGUUUCCUCUAAGCACAGAGUUGAUACAACCAGAAGAGAGACAAACGAAAGCAAUGCUUCCAGGUGAUCUCUGACUACAACUGCUCUACACUGGAUUAACAGCAUACGCUUGGUCGAUGAACUGUUACUAUAGGAAGCAGAGCUGAGAGACUGGCACCUCCACUGAACAUGCUUGUGAUCUGAAUAAUCAGGAAUGCAGCCCUCUAUUGUGAGAGUCUCUGACCCAGAGAAGUACUUUCUCCUACAAGAAAAAAAAGUUCAGGGCUUUUUAUCCCAUUGACUGUAACUCAACACAACGGUUGGAGUGCUUUUUGAAUUCCACAGAUCGGGGAUUUCUGUAUUUUUGCACCUUUAGCAUUGACUCCAACACCAGCCCCCAAAAGGACUUGUUAGGAUUCGCUAAGCUUCCUUUAAAUCUGGUAGCAAGAUGAUUGACCUAAGCUUCCUAACAGAGGAGGAACAAGAAGCAAUAAUGAAGGUGCUUGAACGGGAUGCAGAACUGAAGAAAAAUGAAGAGGCGAGGGUCAGUCAUUUACCAGAAAAAAUUAAGAAUGACAAUCAGCUAAAGAAUAUGAGUGGGCAGUGGUUUUAUGAAGCAAAAUCAAAGAGGCACAGAGAUAAAAUACAUGGAGCAGAUAUCAUUAGAGCAUCGAUAAGAAGGAAACCCAAAACAAUAGCUGAGCGGAGGGAGAACAAAUCGGACAAGACAAAGAACAGUUGGGUGAACAGUGUCAAUAAGGAAGUUUAUGUCCCAGCAGAGCUCUCUGGUAUCAUGGAAGAGACAGAAGAUGGGGAAGUGAAAUCCAAUCAAAGUUCUAAUGCAUUGGCUACAACCUUAGACAAACCACAGGAAAGGUCAAAGAAGGUAGCUGUGUCACCAGCAAAGGAAAGGAAAAAUCCAUUUAAUGACUUUACUGCACCCGAACACAACAUAAAAAGUAGGGCCUCAGAAAGUGGAACUACUGACGUAUCCCAGAUGCCAAAUGAAGAGUCACUGUCACCUUCAAAGGAGAGCCAAUCCAAGAGAAACUUACUAAACAAUAGGUCAAAGGAACAUAGGCAGGCUUCUGGAGAACUAACUGAUGAGUCCCAGAGAGAGGUAGAUCAGCCUCCUGUACCAAAAGCUAGAAAAGUCAUCUACAAAAUAACAGAUCCCAUGUUGGAGAAAGAUGGUUCUUUUCCCAAACCUGCUAAAAGGACCGAUUGGGGUAAUGGUGCUGGCACACCACCUAGGGGGAUUCUGAAACGCAGUUCGAGUUCAAGUUCCACUGAUUCAGAAGUUCUUCGUGUUAAUCAGAUUUUUGACCAACAGAGUAAGACUGGAUUGCCCUCUUUACCUGCUCUCGAAAAAGUAGCUGAAACAAAUCCUCCUGAAGAAGACUCCUCACAAAAUUCUCUAGAAAGACUAAAGCAGGUUAGGUUCUCUUCCAGUAUAGGUAAAAGCCAACCUCUUCAAAGCCCUCAGCUGCACCAUGGCAAAGAUAUAGGAGAGUUUGACUUACUGGAAUCAGACUAUGUUAAGAAUGGAGAAAAUGACACCAGUAGGUUAGAUGCACUUCAAAAUGAACAAACCCUCCCUAUUAAAUCUCCACACUCGCAAUCUUCUGCUUUAGAUGUUAAUGCAAUAGACAGAAAUGUCUCACAAGAAGAGAGAUCACCAUAUGUAUCGGAUGCUAACAGGUCAUGCCUACCAGUAAAUGAAACCUUGCAGUUUAAGACAAGUUCUUCUGUGGAACCUGUAACUCCAAGAAAAUCCUCCAGUAAUAUUUCACCAAAUGUCAAGAAAGUGCAAACUGUUGAUGAAACAUUGUCUCCAGAUACAUCCAAACAGUCCCUGAAUCCUGACUUGGAGUCACCAAAAUACACUAUUGAUCAGCAGCCACUUUCUGCUAAGACAAAAUCUCCUCAGUUGCCACAUGCCAGCUCUGCAGACCUUCAACAAGGUAAGCCUGUUCUUGUUGAGGAUCAAAGGGCUAAAACCACUUCCAAGCCUGACAAGCAUGCUUCUGAGUUCAUUAAGGCAGCUGAUGAAUCCAUAUCAAAAGUAUUAGAUUGGUUUAAAAGAAGCUCCAAUACUGGUGAUGAGAAAACUCCAUCGGUAACCUCCCAAGGGAGGGAGUCUAAAGAAGAACUGAACUUACCACCCACGACAGGAGUCUUACAUAGAAAUGAUACUGGACUUAGCACAGAUGAAAAUACACAACUGAUUGACUUGUCACUUGGAAGUAAUGGGAAGCAAAGCAGUGUUUUGCCUGCAUCAGCUGAUGCAGGAGACAUACAAAUAUUAAAAGUAGGAAAAAAAGAAAAUCAAAAUCAAGAGAUUCAAGGAACAGACUAUAACAAAGGACCUACUGUACUUGGAAAGAGCAAAAGUGGUAGAGAGAAGAUACAUUUACAGUUCACUGAUCUCCCAGUUACUAAAUUAGAUGAAACAAAUAUUCUUAAAAAAUCAGGUGCAGACGGCAAAAUGUUAUACAAACCAGAGAAUGAAAGUGCAGCAUAUAAAGAACCAACAUUUCUUGACGAUGGAAAAGGCAAACCAGGUUCAAAUAAUUUCAUUUCUCCUGAAAAGCUAAAUGAAGAGUCGAUAUUGAAAACUAAUGUGCAAACAGGAAUUCCAAAAGAAGAGAAAAGGAGCACUAUCAAAUCUCUCGUAGAGGAAGACCAUGUUCAGUCACAGACUGGAUUUGAUAAUAAAGGAAGAGAGAGAAAAGAACCUGGUUUACUGGAUCAAGGAGUUAUGCAACUAGAUUCAAACAGCUCUAGGAGUAAACUACCCAUUUUGUCACAGCAUGAAUCCAAACAGCCAUCUCCAGUACAAAUCUCAGAUGAUGAGACUGAACAAAAGAGAAGUGUAAGGGAUAUUAGGGCCUUUUGGGAAAGGGACAAAAUUGGCCCCAGGCAUACAACUAAGGAAGGUGUUUUAAAUACAACCCCAUCAGCAAGUAGCACAAUACAAUACAUCGGUAAAGAAAGUAGCAAAGUAAAACCUGCUGAUGUUUCUGCAGCAUUCUUAUCAAACGAAUCAAAAGAUCAAAACAAGUAUCAUUUGGUUUCAUUUAGAAGAGUUGAAUUAGGUGAUGAUGAGACAUCUAAAGAUAAAUUUCUAAAGUCGUCAAAGACUGGGACAGAUACAAUGGAUAAAUCCAAAUCGGAUCAUGCUGUUGAGAAGCCCAAAAAAACACUUGAAUCUGAUGGUAAGGUUAAUGAAUUUACAAAAUUGCCAAAAGCAAACCACUUGAAACCAGGAAUUGGUUUUACUUCUGCUUCACCAAACAAGUAUGAAGAUGGGAAAGAAGUAUCUUCAGAAAAUGACAGAAUUCCCUCUUCUACGCAGCAGAAGCCCAGCUUUAAGGUUUUGUCUUUGAAGGAAAAAAUAGAUGAGGAGUCUAAGAAUCAAAUUUCCAACCCAUUGCAAUUUGAGAGUUUGAGAACCUUUUGGGAUAUUGGAGCUAAAUCACAGAAUAGGACCAGUAUGGAAAAUGAAACCACUUUCCCAAGUAGUAAUAGUUCACUAACUUACCAAAAAGAGUCAAAGGAACUCAAAGGAAGCAGAGCAGAAAUGAGUCAGGAGGAGGUGAUGGUUCCACAACAAAAUCAAUUUUCCUUGAGGGAAAAAACAAAGAAAAUAAACAUCAAAGUACCCGAGUCACCUAGACAGGAAGGGCAGCCCAUUCCUUGGUCAGUGAAUCUGACACGAACAGAAAAUGCAGAAUCUGUCCAGAUAGUGGGGAAAAAUGUAGGAAACUCUGUGAUCUCAAAACCUAAAGAAAAGGUGGAUCUUCCAGAGCAAGAAGUUAAAGAAUAUAUUGAAAAAAUGAUUGAUCCAUCAAAAGUACAGCAUAGCACAUUUAACAGUGGCUUACAGAAACUGCUUGAAGAGAUGUCUCAGGCACCCUUGCUAACAUCCCAACCGGCUGGUGUUAAAGGUGUUCCAAGAAAAGAGUUGGGACUUGAUCAACAUCUAAUUUUUUCUGCAAAAGCAAUUCAGAGCAAGACUGCUCCCACAGACUACAAGGAACAAGCAGCAGAAUCUCCUAAAGAGGAGGUUGUAGAGACUGUAGACAAAACUGUUGCUCCAUCAAAAGCUGAAGUUGAUGCAUUUACUGCUGCAUUAGAGAAAUUGCUAAAAGAAACAACAUUCUCUUCUAGUCAGAAUGUACCAGAAAAUAUUUCUGAAGAGACGGUUUCUUGGCCAAGUCAGAGAAGAUUUUUUGAAAAGGUGAUGGAACGGAGUCACAACACUUUUCCUAGUUAUCAAAGAGAGGUAGUACUUCCUCAAGAAGUAAAAGAAACUAUAGAAAAAUCAGUUGUUCCAUCCAAAAAUGAAUUUGAUGAACUUAAAAUUGGUUUAGAGAAGCUGCUUAAGGAAUCUGAUGCUUCCUGUCCAUUAGAUCAGUCAGCAGAUGGGGAUGAAAAUGUCUGGAGAGAAAGUUCUCAUAAAGAAGUCAUCCCAAACUCUUCUCAAAAGACACCAUGUCCUAACAUAGCUACUUAUGUCAUGACCCAGAAUGAAUCACAGCCUCCUGGAGAAGCAGUCUCAGAGACUGUGGAAAAAACCAUUGUUCCACCAAAAGCUGAAUUCCACAAUCUGGACACAGGUUUAAAGAAACUACUUAAGGAAGCAUCUGUAAUCUCACCAUCGUACAAGAUAGAAAACCGUAACAAAGCAGUGCCUGAGAAUAUGCCUGAAGAAGAUAAGCACACAUUUUAUAAGAGGGUCAUAAAGAUUGAGCAGGCUACUUCUCCUGUUGCCCAUGAAAGGGCUGGGACUCCAAAUGAGACUAGGACUGCAGAGAGAACUGCAGUUCCAUAUCAGGAUAACGUUAGCUCAAUCAGUACACGCUUGGAGAAACCAAAUGGUGGGGCAGCUAAAAUGCCAUUACCUUUACAUGCAAAAAGUGGAAAAUAUGUAAGCUCUCAGCCAGAGGAUCGGACUUAUUAUCCUGUUUCUCCUGGUAAUCAUCAGGAAGUGACUGAAAUACUGGUAAAAACAGUUCAGGCAAAACCUGAACUCCAUGAAUUUAAUGCUAGUUUGCAGAAACUGCUUCAGGAAGCUUCUGAAAUGUCACCUUCUGAACAAAAAAGCAUUGACAACGUGAUGCAUGUUAGGAUACAGCCUUGCCAACAAGAUAUCGACUAUCCUCAAGAAGUAAAAGAAACCAUAGAAAAAGUUGUUGCUUCUUCCAAAUCAGAACCCAGUGAAUUUAAUGCUAGCUUACAAAAAUUGCUUACGGAAGCCACUGAAAAGAUUGGACCAUGAGACAUACAGUAUAGUGAAUGUUAAGAUACAGUCUAAUAGGCAUGUGGAUUCUGCUUACCAGCAAGAAGUAAAUGAAACGGUCAAAAAAUCUGUUGCUACUUCCAAAUCAGAACUCAAUGCAUUUCAUUCUGGACUAGAGAAAUUGUUGAUGGAAGUCUCUGAAAUGGAAACUCCUGAACUGAAAAGCAUGGACAGUGGAAUGCGGAGGAGUGUGGGGAUACAGCCUAAUCAGGGCUUAGAUUUGACUUACCAAGAAGCUAUUGGCCACCCGCAAGAAGUAAAUGAAACCAUAGAAAAAGCUGUUGCUCCUUCCAAAUCUGAGCUUGGAGACUUCAAUACUAGUUUGCAGAAACUGCUUAAGGAAGCCUCUGAAGCUC